AUGUUCGCCGCUCGUCAGUCUUUCGGUCUUUUCCAGAAGCGCGCCUUCUCGGCCUCCGCGAGCCAGGCUUCCAAGGUCACCGUUCUCGGUGCCGGUGGUGGCAUUGGCCAGCCUCUCUCCCUGCUUCUGAAGCUCAACCCCCGUGUUACUGAGCUCUCUCUCUACGACAUCCGCGGAGGACCUGGUGUCGCCGCCGAUCUGAGCCACAUCAACACCAAGAGCACCGUCUCUGGCUACGAUCCUACCCCCAGCGGUCUCAAGGAUGCCCUCAAGGGCUCCGAGAUCGUCCUCAUCCCUGCCGGUGUCCCCCGUAAGCCCGGCAUGACCCGUGACGAUCUUUUCAACACCAACGCCUCCAUCGUCCGUGACCUUGCUAAGGCCGCCGCUGAGGCUUCCCCUGAGGCCAACAUCCUGGUCAUCUCCAACCCCGUUAACUCCACCGUCCCCAUCGUCUCCGAGGUCUACAAGUCCAAGGGUGUCUACAACCCCAAGCGUCUCUUCGGUGUCACCACCCUUGACGUUGUCCGUGCCUCGCGCUUCAUCUCUCAGCUCCAGAAGACCGACCCCGCCAACGAGGCCGUCCCCGUUGUUGGUGGUCACUCCGGUGUCACCAUCGUUCCCCUGCUCUCUCAGUCCAACCACGCCGGUAUUGAGGGUGAGGCCCGUGACCAGCUCGUCAACCGCAUCCAGUUCGGUGGUGACGAGGUCGUCAAGGCCAAGGACGGUGCUGGUUCCGCCACUCUCUCCAUGGCCAUGGCCGGUGCCCGCUUCGCUGAGUCUCUCCUCCGCGCUGCUCAGGGCGAGAAGGGCGUCAUUGAGCCCACUUUCGUCGACAGCCCUCUCUACAAGGACCAGGGUGUUGACUUCUUCGCCUCCAAGGUUGAGCUCGGCCCCAACGGUGUCGAGAAGAUCCACCCCGUUGGCCCCGUUAACGCCUACGAGGAGAAGCUCGUCGAGGCUUGCCUUGCUGACCUCAAGAAGAACAUUAAGAAGGGUGUCGACUUCGUUGCCGCUAACCCUUAA